GUCAGGUGUCGCGCAGCCCAACCUCGCCAUGUCCCGGGAGCUGGAGAUCAUGGAGGCGCAGGUGAUGUGGGAACCGGACUCCAAGCGGAACACCCACAUGGAUCAAUUCCGGGCAGCCGUGGCCGCCGACUACGGCAUCCACCUCGCCAACUACAAUGACCUGUAUCAGUGGUCAGUGGAACACUAUCCAGAUUUCUGGGCUGAAUUCUGGAAGUUCAGCGGUCUGACCUUCUCCCGUCUGUAUACCGAGGUGGUUGACUCUUCAAAAGGCAUUGCAGAUGUUCCUGAGUGGUUUAAAGGCAGCCGGCUGAACUACGCUGAGAACCUCCUGAAGCACAAAGAAAAUGAUAAAAUUGCUCUCUAUGCUGCACAGGAAGGCAAAGAAGAGAUCCUGAAAGUGACGUUCGGGGAGCUGCGGCAGCGCGUCGCUCUCUACGCCGCCGCCAUGAGGAAGAUGGGAGUGCAGACGGGAGACAGAGUUGUCGGUUAUUUGCCAAACGGGAUCCAUGCGGUGGAAGCCAUGCUGGCAGCUGCGAGCAUCGGGGCCAUUUGGAGCGCGACGUCACCUGACUUUGGCGUCAACGGCGUCCUGGACAGGUUUUCUCAAAUCCAGCCCAAGUUGAUCUUCUCCGUCGAAGCCGUCAUCUACAACGGGAAGAAACACAAUCACCUGGAAAAGCUCCAGAGCGUGGUCAAGGGUCUGCCCGAUCUACAGAAAGUCGUGGUGAUUCCAUAUGUUUCUUCAAAAGAGUCCAUAGAUACUUCCAAAAUUCCAAACAGCGUCUUCUUGGAAGACUUCCUCGCCACAGGGAAAGGAGACCAGGCCCCGCAGCUGGAGUUCGAGCAGCUUCCCUUCGGCCACCCCCUCUUCAUCAUGUACUCCUCCGGCACGACCGGCGCGCCCAAAUGCAUGGUCCACUCCGCAGGGGGUACCUUAGUGCAGCACUUGAAGGAGCACGUUCUUCACGGCAACACGACGAGUAGUGACGUCAUCAUGUACUACACAACGACCGGCUGGAUGAUGUGGAAUUGGUUGGUGUCUGCUCUGGCUACGGGUGCUUCUGUGGUUCUUAGCUCACAAGUUCCUCUUUGCCCUGCUCCCUCGAUUUCUACAGACAUUCUAAAUGCCAUUGGGAUCACUAUACUAGGCACGGGCGCCAAGUGGUUGGCGGUGCUCGAAGAGAAGAACCUGAAGCCCUGUGAAACUCAUAACCUCCAGACGCUCCAUACCAUCCUGUCGACCGGCUCGCCUCUCAAGCCCCAGAGUUACGAGUACGUCUACAGGUGCAUAAAGAGCAGCGUCCUGCUGGGAUCCAUUUCAGGGAAGCCAGUUUGGGGGGAAAGCGGGGAGCUGGUGUGCACCAAGCCCAUGCCCUGCCAGCCGACGCAUUUCUGGAACGAUGAAAACGGUAUCAAAUACAGGAAGGCGUAUUUUUCAAAAUUCCCAGGUGUUUGGUCCCACGGAGACUACUGCAAAAUCAACCCCAAGACAGGAGGCAUCGUCAUGCUUGGGCGCAGUGACGGCACGUUGAAUCCGAGCGGGGUGAGGUUUGGGAGUUCGGAGAUCUAUAACAUAGUGGAAGCUUUUGAAGAGGUCUCGGACAGCCUCUGCGUCCCUCAGUACAGUGAGGACGGCGAAGAACGGGUCAUCCUCUUCCUGAAGAUGGCCACCAACCAGGUGUUCAGCCUGGAUCUCGUGCAGCGGAUGAGGGAAGCGAUCCGGGCAGCGCUCUCUGCCAGACACGUCCCUAGCAUUAUUCUGGAAACCGAAGGCAUUCCGUACACGAUAAAUGGAAAGAAAGUCGAAGUGGCCGUGAAGCAGAUCAUCGCUGGGAAGGAAGUUGAGCAGCGGGGCACCUUCUCCAACCCAGAGACGCUGGACCUUUACCGGGAUAUCCCCGAGCUCCGCGGCUUCUGAAGCCAUCGGCCGCCCUGCCUCCCUGUGUUUGUGUGUGUGCGUGUGUGCGUGGGGCUUUUGUACCAUGUAUAUAUGUAUAUGAAUACUGUGUCUAAAGGAGAGCCUCUUAUUUAAGUUACGGUGUUUCCUUUUUAUAAGGAGCAGUGCUGUCCCUUGGAUACUGCAUGGCGCGGCUUGGGGUGGAAGUUGCAGAUUUCCCUCAACUCUGAUACCAGGCGUGGGGCCUUUUAUAAGAUGCUUAACACCUCUUCC